AUGCGACCAUGUUUUUUGCAACUGUACAUAUAUGAUACUGAUCACGAGUUGCAGAAUAGGAUGCUGGAGAACACACAACUACAUGAAACAUUGAUUUUCAAGUUACAAAAAUUGCUACACCGGUAUAAUCCUUUUCUCCAUAUGUUUCGCCAGCUUGCACAGCGGUCAGAUGUAGCAGCUAUAAUUGUUGGUGAUGACGUUGAAACAAUAAUUCAUGGGCGAGAUAUUAAGAUCCGUCCCAAUGAUCAUUCCACCGUAUUGCAAGCAGGGUCACUACUACAACAAUAUGUUGUUGAUAACUAUGUGAAAAUUGAAGGGGCUGAGUUAUACCAAGGCUUACAAUAUGCCUUGCACACAGGAGAAACGAAUGCAGAAAACGUUGGAAGAAAAAGAACAAAAUUACCAUCGUCGUUCAUUGGUAGCCGUCGCGACAUGACCCAACGAUAUGAAGAUGGAAUGGAAAUUGUUCUUAAAAAGGGCAAACCAGAUAUUUUUCUCACAAUGACAUGCAAUCCAUCUUGGACUGAAAUAACUUCAAAACUCAACCAUGUUCAAACUCCACAAUAUCGUCCAGAUCUAACAACAAGAAUUUUUCGAGCCAAAUUUAAACAGCUGAAAGAGGAUGUAAUUACUAAGGGUGUCUUGGGAAAGGUGAAGAGCUAUAUUUAUGUCACUAAGUUUCAAAAAAGAGGGUUGCCACAUGUACAUAUGUUGCUAAUCUUAGAAAAUAAUGACAAGUUAAUUGAUCCGGAGCAUUAUGAUAGUUUGGUACGUGCAGAGAUACCAUCUAAAGAAGUAGAACCACACCUACAUGAUGCAGUGCUAAAACAUAUGAUUCAUGGUCCUUGCAGAACACUUGAUCAAUCUUCACCUUGCAUGAAAAAAGGCCAAUGUAAAUGCAACUACCCAAAAGAGUUCGCAGCAGAAACACGAAGAGGUGACGACUCAUAUCCGCAAUAUAAGCGACAAUUCGACACACCAGUACCAAUUAACCAAAAUGUCACAGUUGACAAUAGAUGGGUAGUUUCGUACAACCCUUGGCUACUACUAAAGUAUGACUGCCAUAUUAAUGUUGAGAUAUGUAGUAGCAUCAAGAGUAUAAAGUAA